GAAAUCUCAAGAGUCAACAGUUAAACUAAAUCAAGAGGUUAAUCUACAGGGAACUAGUCAACAUUUACCCACACCAAAAUCUUGCCAACCAGGUGCCAAAGCUUCACUUUCGGAUCCUGCAACAGUAAGCCAGCAACCAAACAUUUCCACAGGGCCUAUUGAAGCAAACCCAGCUCUUGAAAUCAAACCAUCCAAAAGUUCCAUUGCCAACUAUCUUCCCCCUCCCCCUAUGGAAAGUGAGACUGACUCACCAAAGAUAGAUGGUGGUGAUAUGUCCACAAAUGAUGCCAUGCCACAUGGUGGUCUAUCUCUCAGUGACAUGAAAUCUAAUGAGUCUCCAGUACCUACACUGGUUCCUCCAAACACUCCUGCUACACCAUUCACUGGUACGCCUGCACCCUGUUUAGGUAUCAAUGACUUGUUAAAACGACUUGACAUGAGAAAUAGUGUUCCCCAGUCUUCACCAUUGGCUGACCCAGCAGUCAUGGCUGUUGUUACUCAAAACAAUUCAUCUGGAAGCAGUUCUCCAAAACAAGUUCCUUCAGUCAGUUCAGGAUUACCAAGCAUAAAUGCUGUGAAUUUGAAUUCACCAUCUCCAAAUAUGCCAGCUCUUGGUUCAGAAGCCUCAUUCAUGGCCUCAAAUGGUACACAAAGUUUGCAGAAUCUUCAACUUUUGAACCAAUUGGGUGGAGCUCAGAUGUUUGCAGCAGGCAGUCGGCCAUUGGAUCCCCAACAACAGCAGCAAAUGCAGAACAGUAUAGAGCAGCAACUGCACCAAUUGAAGUCAACGAUGGAACCAAGAAUGCAGGCUUUGCUGCAUAAUAGUUUCAGUCCCCUGUUGCAGCAACAAAUAGAUCAGCAGGUUCUUAAGAAUGCCCUAGAUCCAAGGAUGCAGCAG